AUGUCGUAUUACUUUAAAAAUCUGAAGCCAGACUUGAACUCCGACGUAGAAGAAGAUGACGGAAACUUAUUGGAGAGCAUAAUGGCGAACAAAAGUAAGCGAGAAAUUGACGAACAAGAAUCAAGUGACGAUGAGUUGAAAACCUUGUCUUUUGGUUCUUUGAAGAAGGCUGAAACGGUAAUAGAUGAAGAAGAUUUCAAAGAUACGAAACCCGUUCACAAAAAACCGAUCACAACUACAUACAGAGAAGAAAGUUUUGAUGAAGAUGAGGACAGUGAGGACCAAUCAGACGAGGAUGCUGGAUUCUUUGAAGAAGAUAGUGAGGAUGAAACUCAUCAUGGUCAGAAAGUACCAAAAAAGAAGAGCAAACACGCUCCAGUAGAACAAUCAUCCAAGAAAAGGGUACCACGAGUCCGAAAUAUCCCUGGGCUGGAAAUACCGAGGAAUAAAAGGUCUAACCUCUAUCAGGACAUCAGAUUUGAUAAGUCCACCGGUAAAGCCCUUGAUAGUUCUAUCAUAAGAAAACGUUACCAGUUCUUGGACGAAUAUAGAGAAAAAGAAAUUGAUGAACUGCAGAAGCUGUUACAAGAAAGAAAAUUUCUAUCAAAAAUAGACCAGGGAGAACGUGAAGAAAUGGAACAAAGACUGAAAAGUAUGAAAUCGAGAUUGCAAUCAAUGAAAAACAAAGAUCUCGAGCGUGAAAUUCUCAAGGAAUACGAAAAUGAUAUGAAUAAAAACAAUAAUACGAGAUACCAUUUGAAAAAGUCUGAGAAACGUAAAGUGGUGCAAAAGUGGAAAUUUGAUCACAUGAAGGCCAAGCAACGUGAAAAGGUCAUGGAAAGGAAAAGGAAGAAGAGAUUGGGUAAAGAGUUUAAACAAUUUGAAUUUCAUAAUCGUAGGUAG